AAUCACUCGAGCACCCAAUUAUAUCCUCUCUUAAAUCCUACAUUCCUCCAUCGAAGUCUUCCAGACAUAAGUAGAUUCAUCAAGAUGCGCAACUUCGCCAGCGCCCUCAUUGCCUCAUUGCCUUUCACUAUUGCGGCCCCCUAUGGUUUAAGCCCGCGCGACACCACGCCGGGCUGCACGGCGAUAUCGUUCGGCGAUUUUGCAUGGACCAUCGAGGACUUCACUUACCAUGCCGGAUAUACCUUUUCCACUCCCGCUCAUCAGAUUUCCUCGGGCACCGUGGCCUUUAACAUAACGAACCCGGCAGUCUCCGAAAAGGUGUCGUGUACAGCUUACAGCACAUGGCUGACUGACUUCUUCUACGGAAACAUCAACUACGACUGCGAGGUGCCUGAGGGGUCGGGGGUCGGCACGUCUUUCUCUUUCAGCCGGCCCAUGAACCAGCUCAAAGUCAACCAAACCUGGACCUGCAGUGACGAAGAUCCGCAGUAUCCGAUCACUUUCGCCGGCUACGGCACAGCUAACUUGACACUGGACUGCAAGGAGACCUACUAUCAGAAUCCCAACUGGACAUUAGGCCAGAUAUAUUCUGUCCGUGACAUUUCCUGCCAGCCCGUCACUCUUCCUCUCACCCCUCAUUCUAAGACUGCCGUCGCUUAGAGAGGUUUGAGCCCGAUAAUUGCGGCCUUUAUAUUAAUGAGACAUGAUGAUUGGAUUCGGCUUGGGUACUAUAUGAGAAUAAUGAUUAAUGGACUUCAAUAAUUUUGAAUUUUGGCAAAAAUUUCAAUUCUUUAAUAGAAGAAUCGAAUUUCUAGACACCCGUUUAAGAGAAUUGCGAAGGACUUUCCCAUUGCCCCGACUAUGAGUGAGCU